AUGAGAAGAGGCAGAGGGAAAGGGAAGAAGCAGAAUGCGUCUGCUAGGGAAGAUCGUGGAAGUGGUGAAGAAGAAAAGAUUCCAGCUUACAGGAGAAGAGGAAGGCCACAGAAGCCGAUGAAAGAUGAUUUCGAAGAGGAGGAAGAGGAAGAAGAAGAAGAGGAGAUGGUAGAGAAGAUGGAAGAAGAAGAAGAAGUUGAUGAUGCAAACAAUGGUUCAAUAACAAGUAAAAGACAAGAGAACGAGAGGAAGAGGAAGAUAUCUAAUGGAAGCAAUAAAGAAGAAAAUGGGUUGGGAUCGAGAUCAAGCAACAACGAUGACUCCACGAAAUCGACAUCAUCUAUUGGGUUUAGACAAAUUGGAAGCAGGAGGAAAAGCAAGCCUAGACGUGCUGCUGAAGCUGUUGUGGAAUGUAAUGGAGUUUGA